AUGGACAACAUGAACUCUUUUCUGGAAUACUCCGUUUGUAACCGAGCAGGAACCGGCUCCUAUUCCGCGCCCAAAUCCGGAUUUCAUCAUCAUCACCAUCAUCAUCAUCAUCAUCCCCAUCUUCUGGAUCAGCACCAGGGCUUCCCGGUGACCUCCGGCGCCUUCCACGCCUCAGGGCCCGUUAACGGAUCGAACGAUGACACUACAGUGUCGGGUUACACCGGCGACGGACGUCUGUACGGUGGAACCGGAACCGGCACCGGAACAAGCGGCGGUGGCGCAGGAGCACACGGGGCGAACCAGCACCACCCGCUGCAGCAGCAGCAUCAUCACCAUCAGGAGCAUCAGCAGACACAUAACGGCUACCAUCCUCAUCCUCACCUUCAGCAGAACCAGCUGGUACCAGGCGGACUGGCUCCGUUUAACAACUCGGUGAACGCGGGCCCCUACGUGGCUCCAGACUAUGUGAGCGCAGCGGGUCCCUCCGGUACCGGCCACCCGCAGUACUUCAUGGAGGAGGCCGUGGCCUCCACCUACUACCAUCAAUCAAACUUCAGCUCGGCUCCCAGUGUUGGCCCCAGCUACGGGGUCUUAGCCGGAACUUACUGCGGGCCCCAAGGCGCACUGGCCGGGUCUCAGUACGCGCAGCAUCCCGGCGGGGGUCCGGACGGAGCGGGGUACCUGGGCCUCCCACAUGGCGGAGGAUACGGCGAGCUGCCGAGCUCCCAGGACCGAGAGAGGGGCGAUGAGGAGGACCAACAGGCCGGCCAGGGCCAGACCUUCGACUGGAUGAAGGUGAAGAGAAAUCCGCCGAAAACAGUGAAAGUGUCUGACUUUGGGCUUGUGGGUUCCCAGAACGUCAUUCGCACAAACUUCAGCACGCGGCAGCUGACUGAGCUGGAGAAGGAAUUUCACUUCAGCAAAUACCUGACACGAGCACGACGGGUGGAGAUCGCCGCCACGCUGGAGCUCAAUGAGACGCAGGUGAAGAUCUGGUUCCAGAACAGACGCAUGAAGCAGAAGAAACGAGAGCGAGAGGGCACCUCCGCCUGGGCAAGCUCCUCCUCCUCAGGUGCCGCCUCUGGUAUGAACAAAGAGCCAGAGGACUCCACCUCAGACCAGUCCUCCACAUCCACAUCUCCAGGUGCAUCCCCGAGUUCAGAAACAUAAGAAGUGCUGCUUGAGAGGAUCUGCAGAAUCCUGCUGUCCUGGAAAGUGACCUACAGCCCACAAUGCUGCCACUGAGUGUUUCAUUAUUUAAUGUUCUGUUUGAAAUGGAAAUUAGCCUUAAAAACAAUCACCAGCA